GUUCACCGACGACUUGAACGCAGCCUUCAGACUCUGUGCCGAGGACCGUCUUGAAGAGUGCCAGGAGCAAGCCCUAGGCCUUCUGGAAGAGGACGCUAUGCCAGAGUAUCACCGCAUCAGAACGCUCAUCCUGGUUGGAUCGAUUCUGGGUGACUGGGAAGAAGCAGACAACUGCCGCAGGGAUGCUUGGGCGUUGUACAAAACAGUGCGACGUUGGCAUCCCAAGGGCAAAGACCGAACUGCCGACGGGCACUUGGACGAUUUACGCGCUGAGCUGGAGGACUUGGACGAAGCGCUCGAGUCGGAUGCGCCAGGCUGGGACGAAGAGGUGGACGAAGACGAGGAUGUUCCUGUCAGCAAUGAUGAGGACUUCAUCGAGGACGCCAGAGCGGAGCUGGAGUCCCUAGACAUGGCUGAUACUGCACCAUCUGCCAUUGCUGCCAGCGCAGACGUGGCCGAGCCCGCUACGACGUCCACGGCAGCUGUGGAAUCCGGCACGGUAUAUGUACCCCCAGAGCAGGCUCCCAACAACCCCUUCUAGCAUUUCGGAAGCGCAAAAACAAGUAUCACAAGCUUGACCUGGAGGUGGCUUUGCAAGCUGGGCCUGACAGCAAAAUCGUAGACGCCCGUCUCUUGAGCCGCCGCGGACUCCGUUUGGGAGCGUUUCAUUCGC